UGGCAAUGUUUCGUAUCAGAUUUCUUUUGACAGCUAAGGUUCGGUCCAAGUAUCAAUUAUUCAAUAAUGUUCACUAAGAAGCGUUUAUUAAAAUUAAACGAACCAAUGGAAAUAGUUCCGCCUCCAACGCAAAAAUUUACUAUCGAUCAGUGGCGUCUUGACAAUCAAGCUCGGUUCCGCAAAUGCAACAUUCAUUGCCAGCUGGUUGAAAGUUUGAUCGCUGAAUCGGAACGGAUAUGUGAUUCGACAUUGGAAUUAACUAAGACUAAUAAAACAGCUACUGAUUAUGAGUUGAAAGAAAAAUUAGCGGAUGUUAAAUUUGUUAAAGAUGAAAUUUUGCGGCACCGUAAGGAUGUUAUUUUGGAAAUUGAUGCGCUGAAAACUUACAAGGCGAGAUUGAUUGAUGGGUUGUCGUCGAUUCAAGAAAACGCUGCUGAGAUUUGUAAAAAAUGUCUUAUUGCACGAGAACAUCGCUUGGGCAUCGAUUUGACUGUUGACGAUGUAGAGAAAGAAUUGAAGAAAGAACUAGAAGUGAUAAGCCGGGCAGACAGUAUAUUUACCCGAACAUUGGAGCAUACAAACGAACAAAUUCGGAUUUUGAAAUCUUUGUUGUACUACCUUGACGGAGAUCUCGAGAACAAGGACCGCAGCAUUCAGUUGGACCAGAGGAACCUUAGUUUGAAGGAGACUAGCUUGAACCUCAGUACUUAUCACGGAACAGCUUCACUUGAUCCCUCAACCAUUACAAUUAAAGAAUGGGAUUUACAUACCGAUGAAAUUGUUAUGUCGACAAUGAAGCAGAUGAAUAGCACCCGAGUCCUUCGUUGUUACAUAGAUAAUAUUUUAAAAGAAAUAGUAGACGAUUUAAAUGAGCAGAAAGAAAAAACUAACGAAGCAUUUAGACAGAGAAUUUUGGAAACUAAGGAAAUUAAAGCUCGUCUUGAAUCACAACAUUCUGAAAUAAUAAAACAAGCAAAUGCAAUGACUCAGAACAUAACACGUCUGGAAAAAAAUAUUGCUGAAAAAGAAGGAUUUCUCGCGUUAGCUCACACGCGUUUAGGAAAUCGUUGUCAUCGGCCAAACUUGGAAUUAACUCGUGACCAAGUUGAACAGAAACUUGUCCAAGAAGUAUAUGAUAUUCGUCAAAGUGUUGCAAAACUCCAGCAAACGUUGAACGAGGCUCAUGCGACUUUACGGUACUUGCUAAGUAUGCAAAUACAAUUAGAGGAAGAUAUUAAUAUCAAAACAAAUACUUUAAAAAUUGAUGAGAUAGAAUGCAUGACCCUACGACAAAGUUUGAAUUAUCAUGCUUAUUAAAUUAAUUAAAAUUAUAUAACUCAGAUAUCUUAUGAACCCACUGAUUAUUAAAGUGCAAUUUAU